UUGUGCUGGUAAUUGAUUCCAUAUUAGCCUAGCCUAGCCUCAGAGCACUCGGAGAGAUAUCACUGUUGCGCUUUCUCCAGCGUGGGCUGCAACUACAGGAGCGCAGUAAACUCCAGUGAUCACAGUGGGACAGGAGACUACACACAGCAGCUUCACCUCAGAGCAGGAGCAGGGACCGGGAGGACACACCAACCAUGACAGCCACAAAGCCUCGGAGCAUGCUGCGGGAAGCCUCCCAUCAGAUUAUAGCCGGCGGAUCAGCAGGUCUGGUAGAGAUCUGCUUGAUGCAUCCCCUCGAUGUAGUGAAGACAAGGUUCCAGAUCCAAAGGGGAACCAGUGACCCCACCAGCUACAAGAGCCUGGGUGAUUGCUUCCGGACCAUCUUCCGCAAUGAAGGAGUCUUUGGCUUCUAUAAAGGGAUCCUGCCUCCGAUCCUGGCGGAGACACCAAAGAGAGCAGUUAAGUUUUUCACCUUUGAGCAGUACAAGAAGUUGCUGAAUUUGACCCCUUUGUCUCCUGGUGUGGCACUGUCUGUAGCAGGGCUCGGCGCAGGCUUGACUGAGGCUGUUGUCGUCAAUCCAUUCGAGGUGGUGAAAGUCAGUCUCCAGGCCAACCGUGACGCCUUCAAACAGCAACCGUCUUCAUUCGCUCAAGCAAGGCACAUAAUUAAUGCAAACGGAUUUGGGCGGAAUGGCCUGAAUAAAGGACUAACAUCGACACUGGGACGCCACGGAGUUUUCAACAUGAUCUACUUUGGCUUCUACUUCAACGUCAAGGAUGCUAUUCCCACCAACCCGGACCCCACCCUGGAGUUCCUGAGGAAGUUUGCCAUUGGCCUGGUGUCGGGGACCAUCUCCUCCUGCGUUAACAUUCCCUUCGACGUAGCCAAGAGCCGCAUCCAAGGCCCCCAGCCUGUGCCCGGAGAGAUCAAGUACCGCACCUGCUUCCAGACCAUGGCGCUGGUGUACCGGGAGGAGGGGUACUUGGCCCUGUACAAGGGGUUGGUGCCCAAGAUAAUGAGGCUUGGACCAGGUGGAGCGGUGAUGCUGCUGGUCUAUGAAUAUGUGUCUGGAUGGCUGCAGAGGAACUGGUAACAAAAAACAGCACAGAAAGGAAACCCAAGAGAGUGCCUUAUGGAUCGUAUCACAAUGCUGUUUCCGUUAACUGACUCCAGUAACGUCAGAUCAAAUUAGUUCUUAGUUUGUUUUUUGUUUUGUUUUUUAACUUGAAGACACAAUAAUCAUCUGCAAAAUACCAAGUCAGCAUUACAAUAAAACUUAGAAUGCAAACUUUCUAGGGACAAACAUCUUUAUCAGAGUUACUUUCUCAGGAAUGAAAACCAGCUGGAAUAUUUGAAAACUGACAAAUUCUUUUCUAAUGGAAAACAUGUUUUUAACAGUGGAUCAGUAGGUUUUAAACGCCCUGAAAUCCUACUGGCUCAAUCCACUUCCUACCAUGAGUAAUGAGGUCCUACAUGAACACAAUAUUCUCUGCCAAAGUUAAAACAGUUUUUCGUUAUUUCACAUGAGACAUUUAUGUAUUUCAUGCCUUUUUUUUUGCUGCGCUCCUCUCUCUGGUUUACAGUGGGCGGUGCUCAGUUGGGAAAGGUUGUGGGGUUGUUUGCUCAUGUUGCCAGUUCUGUCUGUCAAAUCUGAGCAAACCACACCCUCACAGCCCUGAUGAAGCAAAUAAUGUGAGCUUUUACGCUUCUCAUCUCUUAAAGAGUAAUAGCGAAGAAUGUUUUUUCAUGAAGUAGCUUUUUUUAGUCAAGAUACUUAAUGUUAUAGCUCUAAAUAUUUGAAACCACGUUUUCAGGGGCUUUAAAGCUGGGGUAGGCAGUUUUCUGGGAAACGGGACAGCCACUUCUUACAUUUCUCCCCUGUCUGUCCUAAACCCCUCCCACCAGACGAGCAUGUGUUUCAUACAGUGACCUAUAUGGGUACUACUCAGUCAUUUCAGUCAUCCUGAAUGUGAUUGUGAUCCUGUUGUAUAGCAUCAAUUCUAUGAGAAUUACCGUCCUGUUUUCUUUUCAAUUGUUGGGGCCUGUAAAGCCUUUUGAGAUGACAGUGACUACGUUUACAUGCACAAAAUUUUCCAGUUCUUGCCCUUAUUCUGAAAAAGACAAUAUUCCUAUUAUGCUGUUUACAUGGCUAAUGAAAAUAAUUAUUCCACCAAUAUUCCUGUUUAUAUGCAACCGUGCAUACUCCGAUUAAUGUGACCUUAAUGUGUCGUCUUAACGUCAAAAUAUGGAAAGGUGGAUCAGCCAUUUUGCUUCUUUGCAUCAAUGUAGAAUUUUUUCAGAGUUUCCCACAAGUUGGGCGGCCAUUAGCUCACCUGGUAGAGCAGGUGCCCCAUGUACAAAGGCUCUGUCCAUACCGCAGUGGCCGCGGCCUCCAUUAAAACCCACAGCCCCCUGCUGCAUGCCAUUCCCGACUCUCUCCCUUCACGCCAAAACAGACUGCCCUAUCAAUCAAAGGCAAAAGCCCUAAAAAAAAAAUUCAUGUAAAAAAAAAAACAUUCCCUACUUUAACCAUUCAAACGCAGCCUCCCUCUUUCAUUCCUUCAACCACCUUCUUGAAAAGGUCAGCAUUGAGAUACUUUUGCGUAUCCGAAAACCUGUUGAUAUCCAAGUCUUUCAUAAUGUUUAAAAGUAGGUGUGUUUCUCCUUCCAACCAGAAAUGUGUGCAUUUCUUCAACGCACAGAGCUGACUGCUUUGUGUCGCAAACUGUGGUAAAAACCCCAAUUCAGACACAUAUUCUGAAGGCGCUGUAAACAUGUCCAAAGAAUGAAGAAUGAAGAAAAUGAAGAAAAACUGGACUAAUACCAGCAUAUCCCACAAGUCUUAAUUGCAAAGUACUAAAUUUGCAAAAUGGCCUAAUUUGGAAUAUUCAAACAGAAUUUGCUGUCUAUAUGACCCAUAUCAAAUUAGGAAUAUUGUCAUAUUUGACAAUGUGCAUGUAAAUGUAAUCAGUGUGAUUUGAGGCUCGAGCUUAACGUGACAUUACCAUGAACUUGAAUUAGCCGCAGACGUGAGCCUCUGCCUACUGUUAGCAGAAGGCUAAACUGUUAGUAACAUUUUCUCUCCAUCUCUGAAACACUUAGCUUCUUUCGUUUGUUAGUUCGUUAGUUCGUUUUAUCAUCAGAGUUUCUUUUAGACUGUUUUUAAUAAGUCUACCUUCCUUUUUUUAGACAGUUGUUGCCAGUGCUGGAAAAACAACUUCCUCUGCAGGGUUCUCCAUCAUUGAAACAGGCCUUCACCAUCUAAAGGGACGUGCAGUUGCAUCUGCAUUUAUAGAAGAGCCAAUAGGAACGCCCUCUCUCCUAAAUGACCUGUGAUUGGCCAAAGUAUCCCGUCACACGCUAGAUUUUCUAAAGCCUGAAAAGAGCAGCAAGAGGAGGUGCAGAAGUGUAGUUUUCUCUCAGACCACUUGAAUGACAAUAUGCUUAAAAGUUAAUAAGGCGCAAUGGCAUGCAAAAAUAAAACUGCCUAUCCCAGCUUUAAUGGUCAGUUUCAAAACACCAGGGAAUGAGUGAAGGCAUGUUACAACAGGACUUACAAAACACACUCAGCUCUACACCCACUGUAGAGCACACAGAUAUAAGUCAUGGUUAUAUAGCUGCACAGAACGCAAUACACACCGAGGUCAUCUGUCUCUAUCAAACAUCAGUCUUAUCUUAAUGUAAACUGCUCAUUGAGGAGCAGUUUUUGAAGUCUGCUACAGUGCACACACACCUACUACAGCAGUGUCUAUAUGCACACACUCUGUUAAUACUGUGUGUCCAUGUCUUCAUGUAUAACAAUGCAUACGUGAUCGCAAUUAUAUGCUAUGAUCACACCCGUAGUACUGAGCCUUACUGUACACCUCAGACAAACCAAAUAGCCGCAGUAGUGCCUGAUAAUUCAUACAAGAAUUACUGUGUGUAGGAAUUUCUUACACACAUUUUUAAGGCCUAUUGCAGAACUUUUUUAAUGAAUAUCUUUUUGCAUGACUGAUGUUUUUCUGUACCUCUUUUAAUUGGACGUGUGUGAAAGCUUUUAUUAGUAAGAAAUUGUGUUAAUCUGACUUAUCUCAAUGUAAUUAUCAGCAUUUGUCAAAAGCUACUUGUUACAAAUAAAAAAAGAAUGAAACUAAA